GCUUUGUGCACCGAUGGCAGGCCAUCGAGCUCUCUGCUCAGCUGGCUCUGCAGCCAGACGACUGAUCCUGAGGCCCAGCGCUGUGACUCUGGACGUAAGGAGAGGGGCAAGAGAAAAUGCUGCUGCAGUACAGGGUAUUCCUGGAAACAUCAGGACCCAGGCUGACCUCCCUGUGGUCACUCUGCCCACAGUACUCUACAGGCUCAUAUUUAAAGGGUAUUACAAUCGCAUGCAUGAGAUGCAGUUGUAUGAAAAGAAGAUUUAUGGACACAUGUUUAAAGUGGUCUCUGGUCAGAUGCACACCAUUGCUAUAAGCAGUGUGGAACUGCUAGAGGAGCUGUUGAGGAAAGAAGAGAAGUUUCCUCGCAGAGGAGACAUGACUAUCUGGACUGAAUACAGAGAUAAGAAGGGCUUAGGCUAUGGGCCCUUCACUGAAGAAGGAGAGAAGUGGUACACACUCCGAGCUGUGCUGAAUAAACGCAUGCUGCAUCCCAGAGACUCAGUGAAGUAUGAAAGUGUGGUCAACACUGUGGUCACAGACUUUGUCAAAAGGAUAAACCACCUGCGCAAGACGAGCCCCACUGGAGACCUGGUGCCCAAUAUGUCCAAUGAGCUCUAUCGAUUUGCUCUAGAAGGGAUCUCUUGCAUACUGUUUGAGACUCGCAUUGGCUGUCUAGAGAAUAAGAUACCAGCUGAAACCCAGGACUUCAUUAACAGCAUUGUCCAGAUGUUCACCUAUAGUAUGAUUGCGUCCAUUCUACCCAGCUGGACCCGCAAUUUCUUGCCGUUCCAUUGGUGGUACAUAAGUGGCUGGGAGGGCAUUUUUAAGUUUGCCUGCAAGCAAAUUGACAAGAAGAUGGAGGACAUUCAGAGGCGUCUGGACACAAAUCAGGAAGUUGAAGGAGAGUACCUCACCUACCUGCUCUCCAACACCAACAUGAGCCAAAAGGAUGUGUAUGGGAGUGUUGCUGAACUGUUACUGGCAGGAGUUGAUACAACCUCCAACACCAUGCUGUGGGCCUUGUAUCUGCUGUCACGUGAUCCAGAAAAACAGGACACACUGUAUCAGGAAGUGGCCAGCACCAUCAAGGGGGACAGAAUUCCAACAGCUGAAGAUAUAAACAACAUGCCCUACCUUAAAUCCGUCAUCAAGGAGACUCUAAGGAUGUACCCUGUUGUUCCCUUAAAUGCACGCCUUUUUACAGUCAGUGACACAAUAAUUGGAGGACACUACUUUCCUAAAGAGACCACAUUUGUGUUAUACCACUACGCGAUCAGUCAGGAUGAGAAGGUCUUCCCUGAACCACGGUCCUUUAAGCCUGAACGUUGGUUCCGGGAUGGUAGGGUGAGGCCUAACCCAUUCGGGUCCAUCCCAUUCGGGUUCGGAGUCAGAGGGUGUGCUGGCAAACGUAUUGCUGAACUCGAGAUGCACCUGGCAUUGGCAAGGAUAAUCAAGCUGUUUGAAGUCAAGCCCGAUCCAAGAGUAGGAGACGUCAAAGCAAUCAAUCGGACUGUGCUUGUGCCAGACAGGCAGGUUAACUUUUACUUUCUGGAUCGGAAAAAUCCAACAAUUUAAAGUCUUUGUCACUGUUUUUAAGGAAAUUACUCUGUUCCAGAAACUGUAGUCUGAAAAAAAAAAUCAAACAUCUAUGCUCAUUCCACAAUAUUCUGGUGCUUUGAGGUAAAGUGUGAUAAACAAUCAUGAAUACCACUGUGAUCUGUUCCUCCCUGUCUUGGUGUAUAGCUUUCAAAUGUAAUAAAUAUUGUUAAAUAUUAUUCAGUAUGCACAGUAAAAUGUUUCACUCAAUAAAAUUUUUUCAACAAAUGCAAAA